AUGUCGAGUACUGCUGGUCAAGUCAUCAAAUGCAAAGCUGCGGUUGCAUGGGAAGCUGGGAAGCCACUGGUGAUUGAAGAAGUAGAGGUGGCGCCACCGCAGGCCGGUGAAGUUCGUCUCAAGAUACUCUUCACCUCCCUUUGCCACACUGACGUUUACUUCUGGGAAGCUAAGGGUCAGACUCCAUUGUUUCCUCGUAUUUUUGGUCAUGAAGCUGGAGGGAUUGUGGAGAGCGUAGGUGAAGGUGUGACUCAUCUGAAACCAGGGGAUAAAGCCCUGCCAGUAUUCACAGGGGAGUGUGGUGAAUGUCCACAUUUGGUUCAUGCUGGAUGUGUUGCAAAGAUCAAUCCUGAAGCACCACUUGACAAAGUUUGUAUUCUCAGUUGUGGAAUAUGCACAGGUCUUGGUGCUACUGUGAAUGUUGCAAAACCAAAGCCAGGUUCUUCAGUUGCUAUCUUUGGGCUUGGAGCUGUUGGCCUUGCUGCUGCUGAAGGUGCAAGGAUCUCUGGUGCAUCAAGAAUCAUUGGAGUUGAUUUAGUUUCCAGCCGAUUUGAAUUAGCUAAGAAGUUUGGAGUGAAUGAGUUCGUGAACCCGAAAGAUCACGACAAACCUGUACAACAGGUAAUUGCUGAAAUGACAAAUGGAGGUGUAGACCGCGCUGUUGAAUGUACCGGCAGCUUCCAAGCUAUGAUCUCAGCAUUUGAAUGUGUACAUGAUGGUUGGGGUACUGCUGUACUUGUUGGAGUGCCAAACAAAGAUGAUGCAUUCAAAACUCAUCCUAUGAAUUUCUUGAAUGAAAGGACUCUUAAGGGCACCUUCUAUGGAAACUACAAGCCUCGCACUGAUCUUCCUACUGUUGUAGAGAAGUACAUGAAAGGAGAGCUGGAGCUAGAGAAGUUCAUUACUCACACAGUACCAUUCUCAGAGAUCAACAAAGCUUUUGAUUACAUGCUUAAAGGGGAGUCUAUUAGGUGUAUCAUCAGAAUGGAGGAGUAA